AUGCCGGUAGUAACAACCGCUCAGCUUGUAAAAUUACAAUCGCGCACAGAAAAUAUACGAAACAUUUGCAUUUUAGCACAUGUUGAUCAUGGAAAAACAACACUGUCUGAUUCUUUGUUGGCCUCGAAUGGAAUAAUAUCUAGUAAGCUUGCGGGAAAAGUAAGAUACCUUGAUAGUCGAGAGGACGAACAAGAAAGAGGAAUAACUAUGGAAGCAAGUGGCAUUUCACUUUAUUUUCAAAUUUUACGUAAAGCUACGGAAGAAGAAACUAUAACAAAUUCUGAUGAAUAUUUGAUAAAUCUUAUUGAUGCUCCUGGACAUGUCGAUUUUUCAAGUGAAGUCUCGACAGCAUCCAGGUUGUGUGAUGGCGCUUUAAUUCUUGUCGAUGUUGUCGAAGAUCGACUCAUUACUGAAUUGAAAUUAACACCAUUGGAGGCCCAAGUUCAUCUAAAUAAAAUUAUUGAACAAGUUAAUGCAAUAGUGGGAACUUACUUUGCCGGCGAUGUGAUGGAAGAAGAAACAAAAAGACAUGAGGCUGAGAAAGAAAAACUCUUACAUCAAGGAAAGGAUUUUGAAUCUACGAGUUCCAAUGAUGAAAUAUUUGAGGAACAUGAUGAUUCUAAUAUAUAUUUUACACCCGAGUCUGGCAACGUUGUUUUUGCUAGUGCUCUUGAUGGAUGGGCAUUUAGAAUCGAACAAUUUGCUCAAAUAUACGCAGCAAAAUUAGGUAUUAAAGAAUCCGUACUUUGUAAAGUACUCUGGGGUGAUUAUUAUCUCGAUCCAAAGACGAAACGUUUUUUGCAACACAAGCAUCUUAAAGGGCGACAAUUAAAACCAAUGUUUGUUCAAUUUGUGCUGGAAAACAUAUGGACAGUUUGUGAUGCCAGUGAUUCUGCACCCGUCGUUGCAUACGUAUCAAAAAUGUUUGCUGUACAUUCGGAUAUGUUACCGGAAAACAGAAGAAAACAAUUGUCUGCCGAAGAAUUGAGAGAAAGGGGAAGGCUUCAAAGAAUAGCACGGUUGCAUUCUUCAAAUACUCGUGCCGGAGAAGAGCCAGUUUUAAAUACAGCUGCUUCAGAUAGUGAUAAUAGCGAGAUUCCAAUAUCUGAAUCAUUGGAUGCUUCCUUGGAACAAUUGCAUCUUCAUUCUACCAUAGAUUCAGAAGAUACAAUGGUCUCUGAGCAAAAACCCUCCGAAGAAACAUUCACAGGAUUUUCUCGUCUUUAUUCUGGCACCAUUAGAGUUGGUCAAAAACUUUAUGUUCUUGGGCCCAAAUAUGAUCCUGCUUUCCCUGAUAGACAUUGUUCUGAGAUAACGGUUAAAAGUCUAUACUUAAUGAUGGGAAGAGAAUUAGAGUCUCUUCAAGAAGUACCGGCUGGCAAUGUUUUUGGUAUCGGUGGACUUGAAGGCCAUAUAUUGAAGAAUGGAACUCUGUGCAGCACGAAAGAUUGCAAAAAUCUCGCUGGCGUUACAUUAGAGUCUGCGCCAAUUGUUCGAGUAGCUCUUGAGCCGGCGGAUCCAUGUAAUAAUGCUUUUACUGCAUAUUCUGAAAUUAAUAAGCUCAUUGAAGGACUUCGUUUGCUCAAUCAAGCUGACCCAUGUGUUGAGGUUCUCGUACAAGAAACCGAUAAUACACAACGCGGUGUGGUGACGAUUUCUACACCAAACAAGUAUUGCACUAUUAAAGUGCGUACCGUUCCACUACCUUCAAACGUUACUGCCUUCCUUAACCAGCAUGCUGUUACCAUAAAAUCUAUUCUGGAACGGCAACAACGCAGUAAAAUUGAUGCACAUACCACAGAAGAAUAUGAAGAUGCUAUUAAAGAGGUCACUAUCAAAGGGGAAAGUAUACUAGACGCUGAAGAGUUUUCCAAACUUCUCCAACUUGAAUUUGACAAAGCAGCUAACAGCGAAAUUUGGAAAAAUGUG